GAUUUUUCAAUAGGGCGUAUAAGCAAGUGACAGUUUCUCUUUAAUCACUCUCUCUUUCGAUUAUUGUGAUGUGAUUAAAAAGAUUUUCUUUGAUAUCACUAUUCUGUUUGAAAGUCGAAAGUUUCGGGUGUCAUUUCAUGCAAAGAGUUGAGUGAUAAACGUGGAAACCGCUUGGUAAUUGAUAGAAGAGAAAGUAAACAAAGAGAAACUGCCACUUGCUUAUACGCCCUUUUGAAAAAUUAACUGAGAACUAACGGAAUAUGAGUUUAUUGUGAAGCUGUCAAAAUCAGAAUCAGAACGACGAUUUUGUUAUGCCGAGUGAUUUUAUUUGGUGUAUAGAUUAUUAAAUUGUACUUUAGCAUUAAGGGAAUAUUCGGAUUAAUAAAUUAUGAAUCAGAGUAGCAUAACAGCAGCAAGAUGUCGACUUUGUCUACGAUUGGUUGAUGAACAGGAACUGAUACCGAUGCUUCAGGAAGACAGCCCUGGGCCGCUCCAUAGUUUCGCUGAGAAAUUGCUGUCUGACGAGGAAUUAAGCGAUGCGCAAUCCUGCAGUGAUUGCUUCUCUAUGUGGAACAUGAUGCAGGACUUUCUAAAUUCAUGUCUGAGAGCAAAUGAAGUUUUACGAUGCAGCAAGAAUGUAGCGGUUCGGAAACCAUGGAUCGCAUCUAAUGACGAGCAGCACAUGUUUAUUACAGUUUGUCGAGUGGUGAAGCGACAUUAUAAUGAAAUGGGUAAACUGCUUGGUACACUGAAACCAACACCAUGGAAGAGAUCCGUGAUGGAAAAGAACGCUCAGGAAUCUCCACCUAGCACUUCGAAUUUCAGUCAAGUUUCACCUACUUUGCCAAAACUAUCGUUGAAAACGUAUAGGAAAAGUAAUGAGGUCGAUUUUGAUCGUAAUAAUCCAAUAAAAGUUUCAACGAUGACAGAACAAAGUCAUUGUCUUAAGAUAAAAGAAGAGGAUCCGCUUGACAUCGAUGAUUCCUCUGCUUUUGUAACAGAAUUUAAUGUGGGUCGCGAGGAUCCCGCAGAGCAUACAAUUACCUUAAUCGAACCAAAGGUCGAGCAGAUUGAUCUGAUUGAUAGUAGCAGUGAAGAUGCAAUGGAAACACGAUGGGUAGAUAAUUCAGAUAAGAAGGAAACUGCUAUAUGCUUUGACGAAGAGAAGUUGAAAAAAAUUUGUCAAAUUUGUGGAACUAAAGCCGAAAAUAUGGCCGAUCACUUAGAAACACACAUAAGAAAACCCAAAAACAGAAGAAAGAGCGAAAACCAAGAAAAAGAGAAAAAUGCAGUGGAACCAGGCCAGUUUAAGGUGUUUCCUCCUAGAAGAAAGAGGAAACCCAGGGUUCGAGUUGUUACUCAAAUUACUAAGAGAAACAGUGUGCUACAAAGAGCACAGUUACAAACGGGUACGUUACAAUGUAAAGAAUGCGGAAUCCGUAUGUCCAAUCUUCUAGUGGCGAAACUUCAUGCCCGCUCACAUAAUUCUGGAAAUCGCUGAAAACUUUUAUUAGUCGAUUAAAACAAUAGUGAAUCUGAAAUAAUUAAAAAUAGUCCACAAUGUAAAGUGUUAAUCACUUAACAAAAAUGGGAUGGCAUUAAAAUUUGUAUACCCAAAAUCCAAUUCGUUUCGCACAGUUUCUUUCUGCAGUAAAUAAAUUGAGUUA